AUGUGCCAGUCUCGCCUUCGGGCUGCGUUCCUGCUCUUACCACUGGUUCUAAAAACUGCACGUGUCAUUUCAGGUUUGCCUGAGUCCAUUAUUGCAGCAGCAUGUGCCAGAAGUGGCCAGAGAGUUCUUCAUGUGGAUUCGAGAAAUUACUAUGGUGGAAAUUGGGCCAGCUUUAGUUUUUCAGGAUUAUUGUCCUGGAUUAAAGAAAAUCAGCAAAAGACAGAUUUCGGUGAUGAAUGUGACGACUGGAGAAAACUGAUCCUUGAGGAUGAAGAAGCAAUUCCUCUUAGCAGCAAGGAUAAAACUAUUCAACAUGUUGAAGAUUUCUGUUUUGGAGAUCAGGAUUCAGCUGAAGGUGUUGAAGAAGCUGGUGCACUGCCAAAGCUGCCUGUGUUUGGAGCCCCUGCUGCCCAGGGGGUUUCUCCAGGGUCGGAGAAGGAGAGUCCAGCAGUGGAGGGGAUUUCUCUGGGAUCAGAGGAGAGUCCAGCAGCAGAGGGGCUUUCUCCAGGGUCAGAGGAAGAGAAUCCAGCAGUGGAGAACCCCGGAGAGGAGCCACUGACCCCAGAGCCAGAGCAGGCCCCGAGCACUGAGACAGCUCCAGGGGACGGGGCAGGAGCGGCCCCUGGCAGUGGAACUGCUCCCAGCACGGCUUCAGGAGAAUCCGCUCCGGAACCGGCAGAGACGGAAGCUGCACCCUCUGAAAGUGCUGCCCAAGAACCAAAGAAAAUCACCUAUUCCCAAAUUGUCAGAGAAGGCAGAAGGUUUAAUAUUGAUUUAGUUUCUAAGUUGCUUUAUUCCCGGGGCCUGUUAAUUGACCUCCUCAUUAAGUCCAACGUGAGCAGAUACGCUGAGUUCAAAAACGCCACACGAGUUCUCGCCUUCCGAGAAGGGAAAGUGGAACAGGUGCCUUGUUCUAGAGCAGAUGUCUUCAACAGCAGACAGCUCACCAUGGUGGAGAAGAGAAUGCUCAUGAAAUUUCUGACAUUCUGUUUGGACUAUGAGGAGCACCCCGAGGAAUACCAAGACUACGAGAGCAGCACGUUUGCUCAGUUCCUGCAGACACGGAAGCUGACCCCCAGCUUGCAGCACUUCAUCCUUCACUCCAUUGCAAUGGUGUCAGAGACUGAGAGCAGCACUCUGGAAGGUCUUCAGGCAACAAAAAAAUUCCUGCAGUGCCUUGGCCGCUAUGGCAACACCCCGUUCUUGUUCCCUCUGUAUGGGCAAGGAGAGAUCCCACAGUGCUUCUGCAGGCUGUGUGCUGUGUUUGGGGGGAUCUACUGCCUCCGUCACGCCGUGCGCUGCCUGGUGCUGGACAGAGCCUCGGGACGGUGCAAAGCUAUUGUGGAUCAUUUUGGACAAAGAAUAAGUGCCAACUAUUUUAUUGUGGAAGACAGUUACCUCACAGAGAGCACAUGCACAAAUGUGUGUUACAGGCAGAUCUCCAGGGCAGUGCUCAUUACAGAUCAGUCUGUAUUGAAUACAGACUCAGAGCAGCAGGUUUCCAUUCUGACAGUGCCUCCCCUGGAAGUGGGCAGGGCAGCAGUUCGUGUCAUUGAGUUGUGCUCCUCCACCAUGACGUGCAUGAAGGACAGCUAUUUAGUCCAUCUAACCUGUCCAUCAACUAAAACUGCAAGGGAAGAUUUAGAGCCUGUUGUACAGAAGUUAUUCAAUCUCAAUACAGCAAAAGAGACUGAAAAUGAAGAACUGGAGAAACCCAGGGUCCUCUGGGCAGUCUACUUCAACAUGAGGGAUUCUUCAGGAGUUGAGAAGAGUUCCUAUGCUGGGUUGCCCUCCAACGUUUAUGUCUGCUCUGGGCCAGACGCUGCUUUAGGAAACGACUGUGCUGUCAAACAGGCUGAGACUAUUUUCCGAGAAAUGUUUCCAACAGAGGAAUUUUGCCCCCCACCACCGAAUCCAGAAGAUAUUAUUUAUGAUGAAGAUGAGAUUGAGCCAGAAGAGGCUGGAUUGAAUAAUUCACCAGAGACAAAGCCUGACUCCCCAGCUGAGGAGAAUGAAUCUGUAGGACUGCUGGUGGUUACUGCUCCUGUGGAGGCAUUUUCAGCCAUGAAGCUGCUUCGUCUGCUUUUUCUUGUGAUGAUGAUGCUUAGGACCAUUUGACAGGUAAUCAUUAGAACUUGGAUCCUUGCAGACUAUGGGGUCUUUUAUCCCAUCAUUUCAGGGGGAUUUAUGUGGGCAACUCCUAUUAAUGUUAAUGGGACUUGCAUGUGUAAAUCCUCCUUGCAUCAAUGGGAAAAUUGACCCCUGAAACAAAAUAUCUGCGUGUUAGACUUGCUGAUUCAGAAACAUCCAGGCACUGCCAGCUCCCAUGUGGAAAUGUGCUGGAACAUCUGCUGUUUCACUGGAUUGCUCUGGGGGAGUUUUCAGGAUUUUCUCACUUACAUUGUAUUUUAUAUUUUCCAUAGACUGAAUCUUGUCAGAGUUCCUCCAGUGAUUUUCUUUGUGUAGAUGGGAAAUGCAAUUUCCCAUUCCACACUGAGCAGGUUGCACAGCUCCUUGGAUUUGAUCUCAUUUUAUUUUAGCCCCCUCUCUCUUCCCUCUAAAUCUUUUUGCUUCAGCAGUGUGAGUUGCAACAGCUUAAUUUCAAGAAUAAUUUGCUAGUGAUGUAUUGAUUAAUGGCAAGUCAGAAGUAUUAAUGUACUGUUUUCACACAAUGAGAGACUGGGUCACUUACAAUCCAUAAUCUCUUCUGGAGAAAGGGUAAAACUAAUUUCCUCAACACUCCUGUGUGUGCUUCAAUACCUUGGCAGUACAAAUGAGAAUGUAUUUUAUCUGUGGAUAAGUUUACUCAUAGUGUAUUGUGUGUGGUGUCAUUUACUCAGUUACUUCUGUAGAUAUUUUAUAUAAUCUCUGCAGUGCAUUUUCAGUAGCAAGUCAUCCCUUGGAUGUAAAAAGUCUGGUGUAAACUGCUCCAGAGAUCUCUCCUGGCUUUUCUGCCAUAGUGAGUGCUCUCUUCAUCCAUUAAUUAUUGAAAAGCUCUGCAGAUUCUGGUGGGUCAUCUUCUGUUCAUGUUCCUUUUUUAAUUAUUUCUGAUGAUUUUGUGCCUGCCAUUAAUACAGUUGCUAAUUUUUCAGCAAGGGGAACAAUUUGCUGAGAUCACAUCAUGAAACAGUUGAUCUGUGUGUGUGUAUCUACAAUUCCUAACAAUUCUUUUCCAAUGGAUGUAUAUAUGAGCCUUGUAUGACAAUAUUAAUGAUUCACAGAAGUUUAUCACUUAAACUUUUGCAGAAACCAUCCACUAUAGAAUAUCCAAAUGUUAGAACUACCUGUGUUGCCAGAAUUAUCAAAAAUAUGUGUGGGAGUUGUGGUGGCAGAGCAAUUGCCUGCAUUCCUGGGGUAAGCAGUAGUGCCAACUAUCUGUGGCAAGAUGUAGAAGUGGUUGUGACAUUGAAGCUCAAGACACUGAUGUAAAACAUUCAUUUAUUGCAACCCAAUUUAAUAGUGAGCUUGCUGCAGUGAUCAGAUGGAAAGCUUAGCUUAGGUGUGUGAUUUCAAGAACUUUUCUAAUGUGACCAAAAGUUGCCGUAGAAGGAUUCUUUGAGCUGCAGAGGUGAGUGGUAGGAAAUGGUCAGCCAUGUGGAAUUCAUGUUGUCAGCCUCAUCUCCAGCAACAAAACAACUCGUGGAAACAGAGCUUAUUAGCAAUUCCACCAUUAUGUUUAUUUACAGGCUGCCAGUUCCUGUUUGUAAGAGUGAAUGGUUCUUCAAAAUCUGGUUGGAGAGCCUGGCAGGAAUGUUGUAAAUCUCACUGACAUCUGAGAUUUAGAAAGUUGACAGUGAAGUAUCAGGAAGAUGCAGUUGUUGGCUGCAUGGGAGUUCUGAUCAGAGGGGACUUUAAUAGAAAAUACUCUUCCUGUCACAAUUCCAACAGACAAUUUAUUUUACGCUACUUGCAUACAUUGACAAAAGAGAUGGAAAGUAGCAGCCUGAGUGUAUAUCAGACCCAGAUGGAUUUGACUAAACAAUUCAGGAAGUCUCAGAACACCCACAUUUCUAGAUGGAGAUUUUCAGGCUCUCAUACUUCCUUCUGAAGUGCUACCCCGUAGUUCACUGUAAUUUUGGGUCUCUGGAGAAGGCCUUGGUGCGGUUCCUACAUUCUGUAGGUUAACACUUGAGGAACUGGAGUGGGCCAAGCCUGUGGGCCUCCAUCUGCCCUCUGAAACAGCGCAGGCUUCUCUGCUGGCAGGAGAGCAGCUGGCAUCAAACAGAUGCACCUUUGGCCUUUUGAGGUGCUUUUGUGCUGCUCCAGCUGCAGGAGCUGUGUCUCACUCUGGGGUGAGCGUGAAGCUGCUCUGGGAAAUGCUCUCCUGGGAGUGGCUCCUGGCUGGCUCUCAGAGCUCGGUCAGUAAUGAGGGAACAUCUGGGUAAUGCUGUACCUGCAGCUCACCAGCACCUCAAAACCAGUGAACAAACCAUAAACCAGCCUGGGUUUUGCUGCUGAGCUGGUAAUUGUACCUGCUGAUGGCUAGAGGGAGGAACAAGAUUGUAAUCACUGGAAGUUUGAGUCUGAGAAAGGAUACGAGAGUCUUCUCUGAAAAACCAAACUUGAAUUUAAAAUCCCAGAUCCAAACCCUCCUGGGCUGUUUUAGACUGUGUGCAUAAGAAACUCAGUAAUGGCUAAUGUGGAAUUCUGCAUCUUUUCUGCCUCAAACCCAGCGUAUUUCUGGAGCUCACCCAGGGGAAAACCAUUUAAUCACAAUGUGAGAGCAGCUGUCAGCCCAAUGCCACCAAAGAGCUCCCUGCUCUGGGAACUUCUCCCUGGCCUGAAAGUCCCUGCAGGUCAUGGUUGAUUCCUUUGUUGUGAAUGAAUUAUCCAGUGAAUUCAGCCUUUUUUUUCUUGUGCAAAAAUUUGUGUAAGCCCCAGCUAAGUACCUUCAGUGAAUCAUUUUUAGAAAGUAGAUUAUCCAGGGAGAAUCCACUAUGGGAUUCUUACAGCAAUUUAUUAACUUAAAUCAUGAGGUAUUUUCCUGCUCCAUAUUUGGAUGGUGAAAUAAUGCAUAAUAAUGAAUGCACCACUUUUAAAAUCACAUCAGACAUCUUUAAAAAAGAAAAAAUGGCUUUAUGAAAAAUAUUAA